AUGGCCAGUGUUGGCGAGUGGGCUUGGGAAGAGAUCCUACAGGAGAACUGCAAACGGUUGGCUGAGGUCUGGAUGUGUAUCCUGGAGAUCGUCAAUAGGAGGCACGGCUCUGCCAAUCCGGGCCAGCCCCCACGGACAUUUGGACUGCACAAUGGACAAGCUCGAGCAUACCGACCGGCUGGUCAAGCGGUACAAGCGGAUCACCCACCUCAUCUGCGCAACCUCGCUCAACAGGCUUGA